GCUUGCAGCGAACGAGCGAGCGAGCGAGGCGAGAUGUCCGGGCGCGGGAAGCAGGGCGGGAAGGCGCGCGCCAAGGCCAAGUCGCGCUCGUCGCGGGCCGGGCUGCAGUUCCCCGUGGGCCGCGUGCACCGGCUGCUGCGCAAGGGCAACUACGCGGAGCGCGUGGGCGCCGGCGCCCCGGUGUACCUGGCGGCCGUGCUGGAGUACCUGACGGCCGAGAUCCUGGAGCUGGCGGGCAACGCGGCCCGCGACAACAAGAAGACGCGCAUCAUCCCCCGCCACCUGCAGCUCGCCAUCCGCAACGACGAGGAGCUCAACAAGCUGUUGGGCAAGGUGACCAUCGCGCAGGGCGGCGUGCUGCCCAACAUCCAGGCCGUGCUGCUGCCCAAGAAGACUGAGAGCCACAAGGCCAAGAGCAAGUAAAGCAAGCGGGGGCAGCGUCCCGCGCCCAGA